AGAGUACUUACUGUACAGUAAUCAUGAACGCCAAAGCUGUUCUUGCCUGCGUCGUCGUAGUCCAGUGCGUCUACGGACUAUCAGCCGCUCCGUUCUUACGGACCUCGUUUGCGAACGUCGAGUACCCGUCCGCUUGCGCAUCUCCUUUCAACUUCGCUAACGAAUUCGGAUACGGCCCCUUCGGUACCGCAUUCGGAUACGAAGGUCCUUUCGGCUUUGGUACCACUUUCGGAUGUGAAAGACCAUUUGGCUACGGUGGAUUCGCUGGUCCUUUCAAUGCUCCUUUCGAGAGAUUCACUGGUCCUUGCGCCUGUGGUCCUAACGCCUUCGCGUUUGAGGGUUUCAACGGUCCCUUUGCUUAUGAGGGAUUUACUGGACCGUUCAACUAUGCGCCCUUCCCUUACACCCCUGCUAUUUUCUGAAUAUAAAAGCUGCUGAUAUUCAAAUACAUAACUUGAAAAAACU